AGGGAAAAAAUUGAACGAGAUUUUUGUUAAAUGAGGUCAGUUCAUGUGGCUUAAAACGCUUGACAGGUUAUCGCCCCAAGACAACGAUUGUUAUAUCGCGUAGUUGGAAGAAAUACAAAAAUUAUAAAAACAAGGUUUGUCAGUUUAGUAAAUUUGAGGAAUAUAAUCGUUGAUCUAGCCUAAAUUUUGUUGUUGUUUCCAGUGAUAUUCUUGUAAUACAAGAGGACAGAUUGCAGAAAUAUGAAAUAUUGUGUUAUCAUUUCAAUAUUAGUGUCAGUGACGACAGCUGUGCCCCGAAAAUAUCUGGAUGGUCAUCCAGAGGAUGAUUCUUGGGGAAAGCUAAACCCAGCCCAAGCUGCAGAACGUCAACAGAAUGACUACAGACAGCAGCGACCAGGAAGUUACGGGCAGUUUGGACAACCUACUAGCCAAUAUGGGCAGCCUAAUCAAUAUGGACAGCCCAACCAAUAUGGACAGCCCAACCAAUAUGGACAGCCCAACCAAUAUGGGCAGCCUAAUCAAUAUGGACAACCUAACCAAUAUGGACAGCCCAACAACCAGUAUGGACAACAAAAUAAUCCGUAUGGUCAAGCUUACACUCAGAAUCCGUACGGACCUCAACAACCUGGAGGUUAUGGAGGAUAUAAUCCUGGAUUACAGCAAGGAAAGGGAAAGAAAGGCAAAGGAAAGAAAAACGGUGGACUUGUGCCACCUAUGCAACCUCCGAUGCAGCAACCCUAUGGUCAAGCUCCGUAUGGACAACAACAAGGUUUUGGUCAACAACCUCAACAGCCUGGUCAAUGUGCUUCACCAUGUAGUCAGGCGUGUGCUCCAGCCUGUUCAUCUCAGUGCUGUGGUGCUAACAAUGCCUUCACCGCAAUGCAACCUCCACCAUCUAUGACGCAAUCAUCGUGCCCAGGCGCCUGUCCAAACUCGUGUGCUCCGGUUUGCAAUCAGAAAUGCUGUUGGGAUAAAAGAACGGCGAUCCCAAGGCCAGCGGCAAUUCCACACCCAUACCAACAGUACUAUUAUUAAACGCAUUAGCUGAAACACUGAGACAACGAUAUUCUCGAAAACCUAAAGUCAAUAGUUUUGGACGUUUGCUCCAACCUUUGUAGCCAGUUCCAAAAUCAUAUAUGACAUAUACGAGAAUAAUCGAGAAAGUAUUUCAAAUUGACAAUCAAGCACAUAAUGGCAAAGGUUACCUAGCAACAAAUUUUCAACCUCAAUAGAAAACGCAUAAUGCUGAAACCUUUGUCAGUACCACAUUGUUCAUUAUAGUAUCCAAGCCAAAUCUAUGUACAAACAAAUUGACAAUAGUUUCUAUAUUUUCUAUAACUACUUCAGAACUAUGGUUAAUAAUUAAUCAUAGCACCUGUGAAUUGGUUCCAGUUGGUAGACAUAGCUCACAAUAGUCGAAUAUUUUCCUUGUACGAAGAAAAUAAAAUAUUGAAAAAGUAUUUUGUUUUUGGCCGGAACUGAAUUUUGUUUCACAUCAACGAAAGCGAGUUGGGGAUUCUGUACUUUAGGUAUGAAAAGAUGGCAAAAUAUAGAGGACUGAUUCUACUAGCCGCUGUUCUGUGUGCUGUAACUGGACAACAAACAAAAGGAGCUGUGUGCGAGGAAAGAUGCCAACUCCAGUGUACACCAGAUUGUGAUUUCGCCUGUUGUAUCCCCGCUCAUCCCUCAGGUCGUGAAUCGUACGCACAAGAGACUGGAACUAGUGAAGAGACGACGUUCACGCCAUCGACAUCUUGGCUUAACGCCCAACAAUGUGCAGAACCAUGCUCGAGCUCGUGUAGUCCUGCGUGCACUAACGAGUGCUGCGCGAAGUCGGCAAAUCAAAAUCACGAAGGUCUGAGACCAUUAAACGAGCAAAGAAAACCAAUGCCAUAUAACGAUUAACGAUUUCAAUUAAAAUGUUUGUUCCUUUACCUCUGUAUUAAAACUAGAUUAACAAGCGAUCAUUCAUGACAACAAAAGAACGGUAUUAUAUGCUUGAUGUAGAAGAAAAUAUCCUGGCUUGCCGUGUUGGAAAUUAUUCCUUUGGGGUCGGGUAAAACAAUUUUGUAAAUGUACCUGAGCACAGAUAUUCAGAGUGUGCCAAAAAUGUGCCUGAGCAGCAUUCUAAACCUUCAGGAACUAAUUGUAAAGUAACUCAUAUCUAUGGUUAAUAACAGAAUUUCUUAAUCUGGGGCAGGUUGUUUAAAACGUUCAAACUAGAAUUCGAGUAGUUUAAUCGUAGUUAACUCGAAAAUACACGAUUCUGAUUGGCCAAUUCUGCCACUAACUGUAAUUAAAUGUUAACCGCCCCCUAUUAUACCACGGACCCCAGGACGUUUAGGGAUAGAAUCUGAUAUAGAACUACCCUGUCUACCCAUAUAAUUGAGAAACUGAAUAUACAUGGGAAUUUAGUGAAUUUAAUAAAAUAAAAAGCUAUAUUAUAUUUAAACAUCUGGGGCCAGUUGUUCAAAGCUUGGUUAGCACUAAACCUGGGUUAAAUUUUAAUCCACUUAAGGUGCUUCUGAACCGCUGUUCGUUCUAAAACCUGUACAAAAUAUGGCUUUUGUCGGUCCAGAAAAUAUUUAUGGAAAAAGAUAUUCAACUUUGUAAACAAAAGAUUAAAAAAAUUGAUGUAAAGAUUUGCUUUAACCCAGAGUUAAGCUAACCAGCUUUAACAACGGGCAGGGGUAAGAUGUUACAUUGGCUUACUAAUACUAAUAAAUGCUUUUUUGCAACCACGCGUUUUUCAUAGGCACGGAAUGGUUUGAAUUCAUUCAAAUGAC